AUGGAGCCUGAAGCCAGAAUAGGAGAAAGGCCCACCUACAGAAAGCCAUGUUCGGCUUACAUAGAUCAGAUACCUUUAUCUCCAGGUUUCAAGGUACCAAACUUCACCUUGUUCAACGGAGAGGAUCCUCAUGCCUCAUCAGUUGAGCAUAUAGGCAGGAUCCAGCAAAAAGUCACCAUUAGUGAUCUUGCUGCCCUCAAACAGAAUGAAGAUGAGCCUGCUCAGGACUUCAUAACCGAUUCAUAA